AUGAGACUGGUGGAAGCCAGGGCGAGGCUGGAGCGCCCGACGAGCUCUGCUGGUUCCAGCCACAUUGUGCAUUACCGGCUUGAAACCAGUAUCAAGGCGCUUUUCGCGAUGAUGCCUCGACCCGUGCCAGCCCGCCAGGGCAGUCCUGGCUGGACAUUUUUGGCGAAGCGCUUCAGUGCAUCUUGCCCGAGUCCCGCCAGACCAGGCAGCCCUGAAGGGCUUGCGGAGAAUCGUGGUUCACCUUCAACUCCACCAGGGGCAGACGCGUCGUGCGCAAGCCGCGCGCCCAAUCGGAAUCGCCUUCGUGUCCGACCGCCUACGCAGAGUGACGGUCCUCCGUCAGCUUCGCCGCGAUCGGUCCCUGCGUCGCCGAGAGGUUGGGGGGACGCAGCUGCUUGCUCCUGGAAGAAUGCGACAGGCUUUUUUGCCGCAUCUGUGUCCACCGCGGCAUCCAUCAGUCUGCACUCCCAACAGAGAGGUGCCUCACGACUGGAAUCGCGACGUCUUUUCGGGUUUCUGUGCACGAAAAAAGUGGAGAAACACUUGAAACUCCACGUCCAUCCAAACAACAUGGGCCCUUCGGAUAUCAGUAACUUGGUUCGCCUGGCUGCUGCAAAGAAAGUGAAUGACGGCGCCCUCUGGUCAGCGAUUAAACGGCGUGUAGAAUUUCUCAAGCCCGUCCUGUCUCCGAAAGCUAUUGCGCUCAUUGCCAAUGGAUUUGCGCGCGCGCAGAAGAGAGACUUCGACCUCUUCUUGGGCCUCGCCGAACAGAGUGUCCAGCGUCUGGAGGAUUUCGAGACGCAUGACGCCGCGCUCUUUUUGAACGCUUUGGCGCGUCUGGAGCUUCAGUACUCGCAGCUGCUGGAUCUGUUCGCCAGACACCUUCAAGAAAAAGACUCCCGCCUGGUGUACGAGGAACAGCACUUGGCGCUGAUCAUCAACGCCUAUGCAAAGUUGUGUCCGCCCGGGAGCUUUCCAGCCCUCUUCGUUACUUUAGGCCGACGCGCCCAGCGACAGGCCGCGGAGUUCACUCCUCAAGGUCUCGCCAACGUCGUCAACGGGUAUUAUCGCCUGGGCCAUAGAGACGAUGCGUUGAUGGCAGCUCUGGCUCCCGAAGUGCUUCGGCAGGCCGGCCGGCUGGAAGCGCAGCACGUCGCCAACAUCCUGCAAGGCUUCGCGUGGCACAGAGGCCUCCUGGGCACAGGGUCGACUACUUCUGCGGCAAGGCGGCAGAUGAGUCCCCACGACGAGGUUCUCAGCACACUGGCGCAGCUAAUCCCUCGUCUGCAGCAGCGCCUGGGACCCGUAGAAGUGGCCGCGUGUGCAAGCGCACUGGCCUCAGCCGCAAUCGAGGAUCGGGCAGCUGUGAAGGCGCUGAGCAACGUCAUCACCGAGCUAUGCGACUCCUUCCGGCCUGAUCAGCUGGCUUUGGCCUUGUAUUCGCUCAGUAAAGUCAAGCACGUUCCUCCAGACUAUCUGCAACGCCUAACGCCGGCGAUUACGCGCCGUCUCAACCAGUUCGACGAUCAGUCGCUCGUGAUGCUUCUGCAGGCGUGUAGCAGGGCACGCCUGCCCGACAGGUCUCUGUUUGAGUCUCUGAGCAAGCGACUAGAACCGCAGUUCAUAAAGCAGCUUCCGCUGCAAGCCGUGGUCAUGACGCUCUACGCGCUGGCCUCGGUCGGUCUGCGAUCCCCAGUGACGGAGGCGCUCUUGGAUCGAUUUGUCGACUCAGCCUGCCCCACUGAAGACUCCUCCAAUUCGAUGCGCGCUUGGCGCGAAGCCGCGUCCAACACACUCCCCCGCUGUGGAUUAUCAAAUUCCGCAGAUGCACACGUGUCUGUCUCCGCUGGACACCUCCGCGUGGAUGGAGACUUGGCACACUCCGCACCGCAGUCAGCUACCCAUCGUUCGACUGGGGAUCGCUCACCCGAGCGAGCGGAAGCCGGAGAAAACCAGUCUACUGGGGAAGGCUCCGCAGAUAUCGCGCCUUCUGUCUCAGACGGCCUCAGCACUCGCGGGAGCGCUGCGUGGCCGGCGCCGCCGUCGCUGUCUGGGGACAGUGCGAGCGAGUCUGCACGAGAACGCCCCGCCUCUGUCGUACCGACGUCCUCGCUUCCCAUUGCAUACGCAGGGAGCGUCAUGAUGUCUCUUCUCAAACUUAAUGCUGGCGACCGCGCUGAUAUUCUCCGACUUGUCGCAGAUGUAGUGGCUGGCGCCCCAGUGGGAUCUCUCACUCCGCAGCAACUCACCAACGUCGCUCACUGCUUCGCGCACUUCGCCUCUCCCGCCGCACCCGACGGCGCCCGCGUCGCCAGUCUAGGCAAAGCGGACGGAGUCAAAACACCCUUCCUUCCCGCGCCCUUGUGCCUCGACGUCCUCGUUGCUCACGCCCUCUCGCAGUUGGCGCAGUUCUCCCCACAGCUGCUGGGCAGCCUGUCGCUAUCCUUGACCACUCUCUCGCGGCAGCUGCCCGCGGUCAAGGAUGCCACUGAGAAAUGGUUCGACGCUGUGGAGCGCGAGAGACUCCCGCUCGCCCUCGACCGCAGCUCGCCUCACGUGGUGACGUCCUUCUUCGCGGCCUCAGCGACGCUCCGACGGCCGCCUCCUCCGGAGACGCUUGGACCUCUGGUUGGAAAGAUCACGCUCUUUCUGCAUAAGCUGAACACAGCGUCCUUUCUUCAAAUUCUGGCGUCUACGGCAGCUCUGCUAGACGCUGUUGUCGCGGCAGACCUGCGGUGUCGGCAGGACGGCUUCUUGGCGGCCUCCCACGGCCUCCUCUCGUCGCCGCACGCCGGUGCGUCUCUGGCGCCGCCACAGAUGCUGCAAGUCCAGCAGGCGUUCCUGACAGAUUUGCUGACAGCUCUGCAGGAGCAGCUGCUGAACCGCGUCGCGUCUAUCGAUACAGCCGCGCUGUUCGCGACUGCGCAGAUUCUCGCCGCUCUCCCGCCGCGGGCGUUGAGGCACUUUGCCGGUAGGAGCGCCACUCCAGGCCUUGGACUGGCUGGGGCGGCGGGCACCUCAGCGCCCUCAUCCUCUACAUCGCCGUACGUCUCAGUUUCCGGUGGCGCUGUUGCAGAGGACUCCCCGGGAUGUCCGUCGUGGCCGUUCUCGUCAGUCUCCCUCCGCAUGUUCCAGCCGUUCGAUCUCCUUACGCCCCAGUCUCUCAAUUUCCUGCAAGCGCGUGCAGUGCCUUUUCCGUCCCCUUGCCAAGAGGCGGAAACCAUGUUAGACUACUGGCGACAGCGCGUGCGAGAGGCUUCUCCGCGCGACGCAGUCGCCUCUCUCUCCGUUGAAGGCGGCGGCGCGGGCGUCAGUCCUGCCCACAAAGGCGCGCCGGCAGGCAACAUGCUCGUGCGAGAGGCAACAGGCAACUGUCUGCGCCGCCCUGCGAAAUCUGACGACGCCGGGAGAGGCGAGCAAAUGGCACAGUCGACAAGCAGUCUCCACAGAUUCAGCAGAGCCGCUGAUUUCCUCGUGAAUGAGCAGAAGUUCUGGCAGCUGGCGGCGGAAGAUGAGCGAGCACGGACCCCAGGCAGGGCGAGUCUUGGACGGGGGCACGAAGAGGCACUCGACCUGACCCCGAGAGACCUUGUUGGACGUCUUCUGCGGUAUUCGGCGACCAAGAAGCGCCUGGCUGUGCGCAGCGCGCAGGAGCGGGAAGGCGCGGGCGCGCCUUCAGCUGCAGCUGACGCAGCGAGCCUGACGCUGCCGGGAGCGGCAGGGGUUGAGGCAGCUUUGGGAUUCGUUUCAACGGUCUUGGCUAACAUCGUUUCGACUAUUCGGCGCUACGGCGCCCUUUUCCACCCUCUGCUCCUGGCGGCAGCGACGCGUGCAGCUGGAGAAGCAAAUGUGCAGGACCCGAUGUUCUACUCGAUGGCAGUUUCUCGCAUUUCUUCAAUGGGCUCCGCCGACUACACCGCGUCUCCGACUCCCGCGACGGCCGAUUCCUCAGUAGAGGGAAGUCGAGGUUCAAGCGGCUCCGCCACAGAUCCGCCAGCGCUGCCCGCGUUAGCCCUGGUUGACUUUUUCGAGGGCCUCGCGGAUGCAUCCUACAAGCUGGCAGGCGAAAGUGCUGGUCUUCGCGCUCUCCUCGCCGCGUCUCUCGACCGAAUUGCCUCCAGCCCGUCUCUCUCCGCCCGCGUUCUGUCCUCUCUCCGCCGCCUCGAUGUCCUCGAAGAGACUGUCCUGCUUCGCAUUCUCGGUUGCCAGACGCUCCUCCUCCAGCGGCGCUUGGCGCAGCUUCGCGCUUCGCUUCUCGAUUUGCCAUUCCGGCCGUCGUCUUCCUCGUCACCGCCUCCUGAGGCGUCGUGCUUAACUCUUGAACCGUUCUUGAAAGUUUUCUCCGCUCCUGUCUUCACGCCAGCAGCGGCCAGGCACCUCGCGCGGCUCGAACCCGCUUCGGUCCGCAUGCGGAGGGGGCAUCCGCUCCGCCGCGACCGCGGUGACUCGGCAUCUCGAAACGUUAGCAAAAUUGAAGGAGGAGGAGAUGCAUCUGACAACGCAGGCGGGCGCGACGGGGCAGCUUCUACGCUGGCGGCACUCCGGGGAAAUGACUCCGCGGCUGUCGCCCCUGCAGACGCGUAUAUUUCGAGCGUCGAUUUCCUCGCUGCACUUCUUUCGUGGGUGCACCUUGCCUGCGAAGACGGUGCGGUUGACGUGAUUCAGGAUGUCCAAGGAAGCCCUGGAAUAAUGAGUGGGUGUGUGCGCCCGCCCACGCGGCCCUCGAGUGGGGAGUUAGCUGUGGAGGAUUCCUCUUUCUCUGUGUGUCAACGAGCCCGAAGAACAGGUUCUGAGGCGUCUUCGCCUCCUCUCCUUGGGCAGGCUGCCUCCGCCUUCGAGGGCACUUCUGCCUCUGGAGCGUUGCCUCACUCUGUGCGCAUCGUUCUCUCAGCAUCUCCGUUGGUCGAUACUAUGCAGGCUCUCGCGGCGCUGCCAGCUGCGGCCGUCUCGCCUCUGCAUUUCCACGGUGCCGCUUCCUGCGGCGAACUCCUGCUCAGGGCUUCCUACUUCACGUGGCCUGCGUCCUCCGGCGCGGCCGAAGGGAGUCCCCCGUCCCACUUGUCUACGCUAGCCACAGGCCUGCGCGCCCUGGGUCAGCUGGCGGCUCUCCCUGCAGUGCAGACGCACGUCCUCCAGCCCAGCGGCGCGGGUGCAGCGCCGCUGGCGAGUCACCGGAAGGAGUUCAUGGGGGACAAAGCAUCGCCGGCAGCUGUGCGCGUUUCUCACUGUAGGUCGGACAUCGCCUGUUUAGUCCGAGCGGCGCUGAAGUGCCCAAAGGACGAAGUAGCCGAGGCCGAAGCAAGGGCAGCAAACGUCCAAUUUGCAAAGUCUCUGAGACCGCAGCUGAACCUCCUCGAGUAUCUGUGCGCGUCGAGGGCGUUUCCCCGCGCUUCAGACCAGAGGACGGCCAGCUCCAGCGAUGACGCGCGCGUGCAGCCACCGCUGCACCCGAAGACCGUGGAUGAAGGUGUCUCCGGAGUGACGCAGACUCCAAAUGCCAGCCGAGUGGAAGACUCAGCGCCAUCGUGUGGGAAGUUCUGUAUCGACGAGGAAGCGUGGAACACUCUCGAGCACAACGGAAUUAUUCGCCUCCGCGGUGCCGGCGACAAGCUGCUUAUGAAGAUAGAGGAGCUGAUGCAGACUUCCAACCGGGCAAAACGAGUGCCGAAGCUCUCGGACUCUAUCAGCGUAGCCUUCUGGUGCUGCAUGCGUCUCCUGAGUUUCUCCAAUUUAGACAGCCGACGCUGGCAUAAAGUGCCCAGCAUGCAAGGAGAGCUUCCGGCAGGUCGCGAGACAGAGCUUGCGUCGGCGGAGGCAGAGGAGCGGUGCAGAGUGGUACUGACAAGGACGCUGCUGGCCCUGGGAGCAGUUGUGGAUAAAGGACGAGCAGGCACGAGAAUGCAGUAUCUCGGCGCUGAUGAGAGAGAGCGGGUGCUUCUCAUGAUCCGAGGCGAAGACCGCAAGCUCUUGACGAUCGUUCAUUCGUUCCUUCGCCUAGAUGAGGCGCAUCUCUACGCGGACCUGCCUCCGCAUGUGCGAAGCAUCCUGGAAGCCAUCUCCACCUCGGGAGCGCGGCAGUAG